AUGCAGAGCACCUGCGGGCGUGGACUCUUGCUGAGCUUGGCUGUGGUGGCGGCGGCAGUGUUGGCAGCACGGCUGAUGGGCUGGUGGGGUCCCCGCGCCGUCUUUCGCCUUUUCAUACCCGAGGAGCUGGCCCGGUACCGCGGCAGGCCAGGGGAUCCGGGCCUUUACUUGGCAUUGCUCGGCCGCGUCUACGACGUGUCCUCUGGCCGAAGGCACUACGAGCCUGGGGCACCCUAUAGCGGCUUUGCAGGCCGAGAUGCAUCCAGAGCAUUUGUGACUGGAGACUACACUGAAGCAGGCCUUGUGGAUGAUGUAAUUGAUCUGUCCUUCUCUGAGAUGCUGAUACUUCAAAAUUGGAUUUUAUUCUAUGAGAAGAAUUAUGUUUUUGUUGGAAGGGUGAUAGGAAGGUUCUAUGGAGAAGAUGGGCAGCCAACCCCAGAACUGAUUCAGGUGGAAGCCAUGAUGGUCAAAGGCCUGGAGGCAAAUAAACGGGAACAGAAAGAGAAGCAGAAGUUCCCACCCUGCAAUGCUGAGUGGAGUGCCACCAAGGGUAGCCGCUUCUGGUGUUCCCAAAAGAGUGGAGGUGUGAGCAGAGACUGGAUUGGUGUCCCCAGAAAGCUAUAUAAGCCAGGAGCCAAGGAACCCCGCUGUGUAUGUGUGAGAACAACCGGCCCCCCUAGUGACCAGCUGCCUGACAACCCUACACACACAAAUCGUGGGGACUUGGAUGACCCCAACUUGGGGGAAUACACAGGCUGCCCGCCUCUGGCCAUCACAUGCUCCUUCCCACUCUAAGCUGACACCCUGAAUCUUGAUAACACAGGGAACCCUGCCGAGAACUUAUGCUCCUGUGUCCUAGGAUGGCCCCUGGCAAGACACAGAAAGGUCUUGAAGGAAUCUGACCACAUCCUGCAAAUGUGCCUCACCAUGGGCUCCCCAUUCUGGUGACAGGCAAGAGAUUGGCAGCCAGCCUCAUACUUGUCUACCUGUUCUGACACUAUUCCUCCUAGGCCUAUUUGUGACCUUCCUUCAGAGCCCUCAGAAAUUAAUGGGCACAGAUAUGACCAAUUCAGAAAUAAUGGGAUAAACAAGGGGAAAGCUCUGAGCUUUCUUUCCUGUGGACUCCCAAGCUGCCUAAUCAGCUGCCAGCCUGGGCCCUGCCCAUAACCCCAGCUCUGUCAGCAUCUGAAGCAGUGGCAGAAAGGGGCAGUGUCUCAGCAGAUACAACCCAAAAAACUGUGCACGUUAACAGCACCAGCAGAAGGCAGAACACUUGUGAUCACUGACUUUCAUGACUUUUCUUCUGAUUUCCACCCCAAGGCAAACUUGAAUUUACAACCCAAAGCCCGUUGGCUUGAUUAGAGCUCCUGCAAUAAGCAUGGAUAAUAAAAUGGGGUAGGCCAAUUCUGGAAUUGGAAAGUUUUUGCAUAUACAUGGCUACAGUAAAUCCAUGUGUCUCUGAACAAAAUAACAAUUUAAAGCAAGGAUAUUCUUUUAAACACUUAAAAUCAGGUGUGGUGUGUUUAUAAUGGGAGAAGUCUGCAUAGUGAUUGAAAGGUAGUUUUGCUAUAAAGUUAAGUGAUUAGCCUAACAUCAACAUCUAGGCAAGACUGCAAAUGUCAUUGCAAAGAGCCCUGACUCAAAGUGGCUGGGCUUACAACCUGUCCAGCAGUGUGUAUGUCUAAGGUCCUCUGUAAUCACCUACACUUGACAAAUUUCAUACUCUGUUACCUUUUUUUUUUUUUUCUUUUUGUGGUGCUGGGGAUUGAAUCCAUGGCCUUAUGCAUGAGAGGCAAGCACUUUACCAACUGAGUUAUAUCCCCAGCCCUCUCAGUUAUUUCUUGAAUUCUUAUUAAGUAGAUGAGGGCAAGGAAUGUUUCUGGUUCACAGAUAAGGACAUGAAGACUGAUGCUGUUACAGGUUGUGGGCUUGCCUUAUCUGAGCCUUCCCCUCAGCUCUCUCUCCAUCCCCACCCCAGGCCUACCCCACCUAGACCUGUACCUCUUCCUGUCUCUUGCCCUUCCCCUUGAGUAUGCAUUAAAGAGGUCACUUCUAUGACAUCACAAAUAAAAUACUGUCCCUCAA